GUAGUAGAGGAGCGACAGGCCUCCGUAGGCGUGAUCAGAGACGUACGCGGGUUCGGUCCAUCGCUUCAGUCCUUAGCACCUCCUAGGGCAUGACUGCCAAGUCUGGAGGAACAUUAUUUAUUAUCAGUGAGUCAUGAUCAUUCAUUCAAUCUAGAAUGGUGAGGAACGAUCGAAUGUUGUCGACAGUGGUGGUUGUCUUCCUAUUUGUCACCAUGCUGCCAGGUUCAAAACAAGGUCCACAUGAAAAACUACUGCUCACCAAUUUGCUUGCAAACUACAACGUUUUGGAAAGACCCGUUGCCAAUGAGUCGGAACCGUUGGAAGUGAAAUUCGGCCUAACUCUUCAACAAAUCAUUGACGUGGACGAAAAGAAUCAGAUUCUCACGACAAACGCUUGGUUAAAUUUGGAAUGGAAUGACUACAAUCUACGAUGGAACGAAUCUGACUAUGGAGGAGUUAAGGACUUGCGGAUCACCCCAAACAAGCUAUGGAAACCUGACGUUCUCAUGUAUAACAGUGCUGAUGAGGGUUUCGACGGGACUUACCAAACUAAUGUUGUGGUCAAACAUAACGGCAGCUGCUUGUAUGUCCCACCCGGUAUCUUCAAGAGCACAUGCAAGAUAGACAUUACGUGGUUCCCAUUUGACGAUCAACAUUGUGACAUGAAGUUUGGUAGCUGGACAUAUGAUGGCAACCAGCUCGAUCUGGUUCUUAAUUCUGAAGAUGGGGGAGACCUUUCUGAUUUCAUCACAAACGGAGAAUGGUAUUUAAUCGGUAUGCCAGGGAAAAAGAACACAAUAGUAUAUCAGUGCUGCCCGGAACCCUACGUUGACGUGACCUUCACAAUCCAAAUACGACGUCGGACUCUGUACUACUUCUUCAACUUAAUAGUACCUUGUGUGCUGAUUUCAUCCAUGGCUCUCUUGGGUUUCACGCUUCCACCAGAUUCCGGAGAAAAACUAACCUUAGGUGUCACCAUACUUCUUUCAUUGACAGUAUUUCUGAACCUAGUAGCUGAAAAGAUACCAACCACAUCUGAUGCUGUUCCGUUAAUAGGAGUGACCAUCUUACUAUCGUUGACUGUGUUCCUGAACCUCGUGGCUGAAACCUUGCCCCAAGUAUCUGAUGCCAUUCCCUUGUUAGGAACAUAUUUCAACUGUAUCAUGUUUAUGGUCGCAUCCUCUGUGGUUCUCACAGUUGUGGUGCUAAAUUAUCAUCAUCGUACUGCUGACAUACAUGGAAUGCCUCAAUGGAUAAAAUCGGUAUUCCUCCAAUGGCUCCCGUGGAUUUUGGGUAUGAGUCGACCUGGCAAGAAGUUAACCCGUAAGACAAUCCUGAUGAACAGUAGAAUGAAAGAAUUGGAAUUGAAGGAACGUUCUUCGAAAAGUCUUUUGGCGAACGUGCUGGACAUCGAUGAUGAUUUUAGAAAUGUAACUGGUGCUACCAGCGGCAGUGGUAACAAUUCUACUUUAACAACAAAUCUGGGUCCGGGGUUUAUACGGCAUCCUACUACAAUAGAAGAUACGAAUAUAUCCGGCAGCGGUAGUUUUCAACGAGAUCUCCAGCAUAUUCUUCGAGAAUUGCAAUUCAUUACGAAUAGAAUGAAAAAAGCAGAUGAAGAAGCUGAAGUUAUAAGUGACUGGAAGUUCGCAGCUAUGGUGGUAGACAGAUUUUGCUUGAUAAUAUUUACAAUGUUCACGAUAAUCGCUACAGUAGCCGUACUACUGUCGGCUCCUCACAUCAUUGUUCAGUAGGAUUAGGUGAAGCAAUAGGCGAGAAACUAAGAAAUAUGUCUAAGUGAUAUGGUUUUGAAGAAGCAUCAACAUCAGUAUCAAGUGCGCUAAUGAUGUGAUGGUGAUGCUGUAGUGGUAAAGGCAUAAUUUCAUUAAACAAAUUUUAAAAAUAUCAAGAUAUGGAAAAGAAAGUUUAAAAAUAAAUAUUUUAAAUGAAAUAUAUCGAACAACGCGGGCGCCAGCGUCGAUAGUAGUAGAAGAAAUUUUGAACGUUCACUGUGAUAAAACAGCAAAUCGUGUCGUCAGUUCGGCACAUAAAGCAAUUGUGCAACUGUGCCUCUUCUGUGGAACAUUCACGAGCUGUUUACCAACUAAAAGGCAGGCACCUAUGUGCACGUUUUGCUAAUCGCUGCACCGUACACCGUACUGCUGUGGGGCCGUAAGACACUUCCAACUGUGUCAAACUGUUCGUACUUCUAUUGAAAAUUGUUUGAGUUUUGUCGUUUCGUUUUCGACGACAAUGAACGGACCUUGGGCACACUCUCGUGUUCCAUUAUCCAUUCGCUAUAAUAAUACUAAUAAUUCAGUACUAAAACGGUACUUGUUAUCCAGUACUGACGUGCAAGUAGUUAGUUAGUAUAGUAUCAUUAGUUCGAGGUACACACGUGUCUGCCUUUUGUUCGCCCAUUGAUGAUAAUAUAAAAAGGUGUCCAAAACACACAUUAAAUCUAUUGUGAUGAACUUCGCAAAUUAAUAAGUAAAAAUAAAUAUAUGAUAAGUUAUAUAUAUAGAAUAAAUAGUAUAUAAAUAACCUUGACGUGGGUAAAAGUCGUGCGUUUAUAUAUUCGGAGAUGGGACCAGCGGCCGAUAUCGGAUAAGAUUUCCGACGAACCAAGUUUUUGUACUCGUUCGUCGAAUCUAUUUUGUCUCCGUAUCGAUAUCGUAGAACGCCUCUUCUCACUCCGCCGUUUUUUGGACGUCAUGUGCUCCACUUUUAAUUGGGCGAGUCUCAAAAUGUCAACCAACUUUCAUCCAUUCAAAAGGCGGUAUUCAUUUUUCACGCCAAAAUAAAUCAUGUACGUUUUAUACAUUACAACGUACCUCAUUUAUUUAAGGUAUACUCUAACUCGAAAAAAUGAAGCACAAAAAGGGCAAAAUCUAGGAGUUUCAGAGUGGUAAGAGACGAAUCAAGAUGCAACAAAGUCCAUUCGAUUCAGGAGAGCCUCAGGAAAUUUUGUGGGCAAAAAUUAUGAAUAAUAAAUGAAAAAUUGAUUUUAAUCAGGGGAAAAAGAGGGAGAGGGAUUCGUUAGAUAGAAUUUGGUAGAAUAAGGAAAAUUUUAAAAGGAGGAUGGUUUGUUGGAGUGAGCCCUGAUAUAGGAAUUGCUCCUCUGCAGGGCCGGGAUUGUGUUUGCUAACUUUUCUGGAGGAGGAAAAGCGAAGAUUUAGAGAGCUUGCAAGUAAAAACUGUUCUUCUCGGUUUGGUUUUUUUUUAUUUUUUGAAAAAGUUUUCUUUUUGUUUAUUUUAAAGUUAAAAGGGGCGGACGGGUACAGCUGCGGCUGCGUUAUUUCCUAUCGUCGGCCAUGUGGCUGGAGAACCGGUUCACUAGGUUGCAAGGAAACCGCAGAAAACCUGCAACACCGACGAAAGGGUAAAAUUCAUGCAUCUCGAAUUAAUUUGAAAAAUAUUACCGGAAAUGAGAUCAAUUGUUUUAAUCGGAGGUUUUCGAGGUCGAUGCACACGAAUAUCUCGACGGGGAUAACCUGCGAGGUACCUAGUGCCCAGGGUGGAUGGUUUAUAGGUCAUCUCCUGGAGCUUCUCAGAAAUUCAUUGUGACAUUGGCCAAAUAUACAUUCUGAGGGUUGUGGAAAUCACUGAAUACGAAUAUUACGACGAAAAGAGUAGUUUCCAUUAUUAAAGAUUGCAAGUAUAACUCUGAGUAACUAGUUCAUUAUCAUUUUUCAUUAUAAAAAUUCAUUUAUUUUUCACAAAAAAAAAUAAUAUGUUGUAAAUUUUUCCUGCAUUAUAAUUCUGUUUCGUCGUUUGCAGUUCUGAAUAUAUGUACAAUUAAUGGCUGCACAAUUUGUGCAAUCGACUCUGCAAAAUAUCAUAUUCAUGAUGCUCGGUGGGCCAAACAAUUAUGUCAUUUUUAUGGGACUAAAUGCUGUUCUUUUAGUUCUUAUUUUCAAACAGUGGGACUCAUGCCCUAUGGAUCCCCAAAAAGCUACAUUUGCAAUUUGCAAAUAAACUCUUUUCAAGCUUGUUAAAACGAUAUCUUGCAGGUCAUCGCCGUGAUAUUCGUGUACAACGACCUUCAAAACUUCCAGGAUAUAUAUACUAGGCUAAUUUCCAUGGGGCCCCAGAAAAUGACGUAUAAACUAGUCACCUUGGGCACCAAGUACCUCGUCAUGAUGUUCAUGUUCCGCGACUUCGAUAACCACCAAGAUUUAUAUAUAUUCGGUCAAUUUCAUGACGAAUUCCCAUGGGACUGCAAUACAAGACAAAAGAUAUCUAGUAGUCCUUUUCUGUCGUCAAGUUCGUGUUCAGCGACCUAGUAAACAUCUAACUAGUAAAAUUGAACUGAUUUUCAGCAAUAUUUACCGAGUUCUUUUUUUUUAAUUUUAACCCCUCAAUAUACACUUUUCAAAAUGAAGUUUUCGUAGAAACAAAGGCAAUUUUCAUUUAUUUUUCACGAUUUUUUUUCCUGAGACUCUCCCGAUUCGAAUUUACUUUGUUACAUCUUGAACUGUCUUACUGAUCUGAAAUUCCCAGGUUUUUUCCUCAAUAUUCUCGACUACUUAGAUAAUUAAGCUUCUACAUUGAACAUUGAAAAUGCUAUUAUUUCAAAAUCUCCGCAUUCCAAGAAGCGUUAACCAUACUAGUAAUAUUGUGUAAUUACGUACUAUUUUUAUAUUAUCUCUUCCCGAAGGAACCGUGAGAUAUAGUCUGGAUUUCAACAUUAGUAGAUUAUGUUAUACGUUAUAUACAAGUUCUUUCAUAAAUUUCAUUCUCAAAUUUAUCAGUCUGUAACGUUAGGUAGCCUCUCGCCAAGUACAUGACGUCCUAUCACUUUUAUAUCAUGUAUUUAUACUGAUUUAUAUUAAAAAAAAAUAAAACUUCGAACUUUUCAUUACCAAGAUAACUUACAAGUAUGAUAGAAACGAAAAAAUCUAAACCUGCAAUUAUAACAAUAAUGUUAUUUAAUUAAAUAUGUAUUAAUUAACAAUAGAGUUUAAUACGAUUUUAAUAAAAAAAACAUAUUCUUUGGGCAUUUUUUCUGAUAGAGAUUGUGGGAUAGCUUUUUUAAAUUGUAUCAAACUCACAAUCUAAUUGAAUAUUCGUAAAUUCAACCAACAAAUGAAUUCAAUGAAUUUUAUAUUAGAAUAAAUGAAUUUAAAAAAAAACAUAAUAAUAAAAAUUUUAAUAUGAUAUACAGUGGAACUCAUAUUUCUACAAAAAGUAGCGAAGAAAUGUAAAUUUUGAGUAUAUAAUGUCAUUGGUAAUCAUCCAAUCUUAUUACAAAUAAUCUUAGAGACAUUGUUUUAAAAAAUAUUCACCAGUACCUCGGCUGGUGGUCAUAAAUUGACGUCACACUAUGACUUGUACCGACCAACGCCAGACCCGUAUUGGGUAAAUGCAAGUUAACGAAUCUAGACAUACCCCUCCCCGAUAAAGUUGUACGUUCCCACUCAGAACACUCCUAUACUCGAUUUACUGAGUAUACAAAUCCUUUGAUUCUGAGUAUAAAAUAGCUGCGACAUUUGCCUAUCCAUCCGCCCAUCCAAGUCAACUUUCAAAUCCUAUAUUUGUUGGAUUCAGGGGCCGUAUCAAUGAUACGGGACUUCCGGGUUACAGAGGCCACUAACGUGUGUAAACAAAAAUUAGUGAAAUAUUAUCCCCAAUGUCGCUUAAUCUCGUGUUUCCCGGGAAAAAACAUAAAAAAAAACUGUCAUACGUGCCUAUAGAGUUUUUACUUUAGAAAUGACAAAAGUCAAAAAAGCAAUCUCUUUUUUUCCCGGGUUAAGCAUUGCUAAUCCAAGUGUGUUAUUCUUGUAAAUACUUUUAACACGUUAACCCUCCUCAAUGUUAAAUGCCGUACACAAACUAUGGAUUUUUCGUAGUGCUUGUCACAUUUUUUUAUUUACUAUUUGAAAUCUUUAAUCCUGUUUCUAAAGCCUUACAGCAUGAAAAUUACAGAAAGCUAGUAUUUCAUUAAGUAAUCUUUUGAAUAGACUGAGCGAAAUAAGAAAUCAAAAUUCAUUCAAUGGUUUGCUAAAUGAGUCCAGAGAUUUAGCAAAAGAGUGGAAAGUAACAAGUGUUUUUAAAAAUAAAAGACGAAGGAUAACGAAGCGUUUUUUUGAUGAGUUAUCACAAGAUGGGAGAAUUUCAGACCCGGAAUUAUAUCUCAAAGUCAAUUUAUACUAUUGAUAUUUAGAUAUAUUAAUUUUUCAAACUAAACAAUGAUUUGAGAGCCUUUGUGACUUGAGUAAUAUAUUCGAAGUUUACAACCGGAGAAACUCCUAUGUUCUUCAAACGAAGUGAUAAAAAAUGCUUCCGGAAAACUGUCUGCUAAAUACAGUAAAGACAUCUCAGUUAAUCUUAAUGAACAAGUAAUUGCUCUGAAAACAUGCUGAAAAUCUGAAAUUCAAAAAAUUUAUUCCAUUAAGGAACUAAUGGAAUUAGUUUUCCAGAGGUAGUAACCGCAUACUUUCUAUUCUUGACACUUACAGUUACGACCGCAACAGCUGAAAGAAGUUUUUCAGAAUUAAAACUGAUAAAAAAUAACCUAAGGACUUCGAUGGGGCAGCUAUAGAUGAUUUAAUAAAUCAAUUUGCCGAAAAAAAGGCAAGAAAAGUGUACAUUUAAUUUGAAUUGUUUGGCUAGCUCAAUUUCUAGGAGGGAGCGAUAACUUAUAAUCAAUACAUAUUUAUUUUAAUUUAAUGCAACAAUUUUUGUUUGUUUUGUAAGAAAAUUUUACCCUUCAUUUGGGCCCCCAACUAAUUUUGAUAUAGGGCCCCUCCAAAGCACGCUACGCCACUGGUUGGGUUUAACCAACAUUUACUAUAGGAAAAACCAAAUGCGAGGCUCUAAUAUUAAAUGUAAAACCCCCUUGGAACUUGAGAAAUUGAAGGACGAUUUAACGAAUCCAAAUUUUGGUACGGUAAGUACAGAUGCACCAGACAAGAGAUGGAAGUCAUCUUGUGCUUUAUUUUAAGCAGGAGUGUGAGGUGCAAGUCAAACUACUAGAAUUUAAAUCCGUAGCUGGUGAAACAUAUUAUUGAGUCAUCUGAUGACGGUUUAGUAGUAGUGGUGAGAUUUUGUGGUAAAAAUACAAGUUUUGGCAUAAAGAAUGAUCUUGGAAGAACAAUAAAUACCAUUUAUUGUUUAGCUCAUAUCGUUCGAAACCCAGUCCAGACUGCACUAGAUAUGGGUUACUCAGCUCAAAAAGUUUUGUGAUUUUCCAAAUAUUGAAUACCGUAAAUUAUUAAAACACAAGAUUCCUCUGCCUUAUGCCCUUACUUGAACUAAUAUUUUCUGGUUCGAAGGAGUACUUGUUAUCUCAGGUAAUGUGUCCAGCUCUGGUAAAAAUAUUUUUUCAGGAUGAAAGUGGUGAAAUAUUUAUUCGGUUUGUGCAUAGUCAACAUUGUUUAGUGGAAUGGUUUCAGCCCUGGAAAAAAAUUAGUCCAGUGGUACAGCUGUUGGACUUACACUCAUUACAAAUGCUGAAGGAGGAAAAGGAGGAAAUGUCUACUUAGAGCAUUUCACAGAAAAGACAAUGUACGAGGUCUGGUUAUUAAAUAACGAGACUGGUUAUGAAAAGACCACACACCUUUCCGUACGUUUUUUCCAUUGAUCGAAGCAGUGCUGGAAGUCUUUUUGGCGAGUACCUUUAAGAGCUCUGCUUUACCGCUUCCACCGCCUCAGAUCGGGUCCCUUUCAAAGCAGAUAUUUUUCUAGCCUUUCAAGGAAAUCUGAGCAGAGCUUUUGGUCAGGAGACAGAUUUUUUGGCACCAACUUCGCACAGACUUUCGUCAUAUGUAAUUCCUCGUGUUAAAUUUUUCUAACCGUUUCUUUAUCGGUGUUUACAGCCGCGGCAAUGAUCCGGAUGCUCAUUCGACGAUCUGCACGCACAAUUUGGUUGAUUUUGGUCACUGUUUCCAGAGUUGAAACAGUCACAGGGCGACCUGGGCGCUGGUAAUCUUCAGUGCUCUCUCGGCCCUCACUAAAGCGCUUACACUGCUCAAAAACACGCGCACCGAGAUAGAGAAUUGUCCCCAUAGGCCUCGUGCAACAAUUUAUAGAACUCAGUAGGAGUUUUUUUCAAUUUAACGAUAAAUUUGAGAUCAAAUCGUUGCUCCACGAGAAAAAAACACGUUCGUUUCAAACCGCUACUGCACAAAUACUAUAAUAGUGACAGAAACUUGUUUUGGUACAUGGAUAGAUAAGAUAUCUAGUCACCCAACGCACUAAUUGUUUUUUACCCCACCCGUCUAGAGCGUCCUCUAGGCGCGAAGUCUCGUUAUUUAAUAGCCAGACCCCGUAUUCUGUUAUCGCAUUGCCAGUGACUUCAAUGAAUUUUACAGUUGGUGUAUCUCUUAUAUUAACCUGUGAGAAAACAGUUUCGAAAAACCACAAGACCUCGUAUGGAUCGAUGAAAACAUCAUUUUAUUGACCAGUCCUUUGAAACCAGACCUUUGAAACUAUUUAGAUAGUUUGGGUACUUUGUCCAAGAAAAUAUUUUAUGAUUUUCUUUUUAAGAAGUCGACAACUUUAAUAGUACAGUUCUGAAACUAUCCAUGUGCACUUCGGAAGUAUAUCUGUCCCUAUCUGGAACUGAAAAUGGGUCUACGUCAUCUAAACUAUCAUAACAGCUUGCCCAAAUUUCUUUAUAUAGGGACUGUCCAUAAAUUACGUAGCGCCUUGGCACACAAGCAGACUAAGAACAACUUGUUACGGUAGUGUUACGGAUAGACAGAGAGGAUUUUAUUAAAAUGUAGCGUAACAUUUUUUAAAUUUGAAUUGAACGAUCCUAAAUUCCCUUGGGAUAAAUCGGCGUAACCAUUGCCAUGCCGUAUUGACAUUAAACCAGAACAUCCAGGAUUCACUAGCAUGCCUUAUGACUAUUUUUACCCAAUCGUGCAAAAAGAUUUGUUGUGAAGAACUUGCAAUUUGUGCGACUUGUAUUUCGCUACAGAAAAAAAUUCAUAAGAAAAGCAUACAUGGUACAUCUGUGUCAUUAUCAGAAAGAGUCAAGCCAUUUCAAGUUAUUGCAAGACGAGGCAAAGAAAUAUUAAAAAAGAAAAAAGCAGAAUUAGAGAACAAGUCGAGUGGGUGAACGAAGGGAACAUUGAUAUAGAAAAUCUGAAUAUAAUCAAAUAUUAUGAACUUGAGAAAAAUUCUGUUCCAGAUAUUCAUAAUCUUGAAGAAUUGUUGGAAAAUCCUUUUAUCGAGGAUACGAAAUGAUUUUUAUAAUUGUACUCCUUUAUAUAAAAUGAGUGCAUAACUUAAGAUACGCCCAAAAUUUAUUUAUUUUUAAUAAGACAAAAAAUGUAUCAGAGCAAAUAUAAUUUCAACAGUCAUAUAAUAUGAUUGUGUUAGAGCCUCAAGAGCAGCAGCAUACCUAAAUGACACAAUCUGGCGAAAGAAAUACAUUCGAACUGAAGCAAAAGCCCGCAUACACAAGACCGCAAUCAGACCUAUAUUAUCCUAUGCAGCAGACACCCGACCUGAGACCUCUAAAACGAAACGGAUAUUGGAGACUACAGAAAUGAAAAUAGUUCGAAGAAUAGCGGGAAGAACACUAAUGGAUAGAGAAAGGAGUGAAAACAUAAGACGAACAUGCGGGAUAGAUAACAUCAAUGACUGGGUACUGGAUAGAAAGAUAAAAUGGAAUGAGCACAUUGACCGCAUGACGGAAGAACGAAUUGUGAAAAUAUCAAGGGACAAAUCACCAGCAGGACAAAGAAGCCUUGGAAGACCUAGGAAAAGAGGGAGUGACAACCUCCCAGGUGACUGAGCAGAGGCAAUGAUGUGAAGAAAAACAGGCAAUCAUGCCUAUACACAGCAGGAAGAAGAAGAAGAAAAUAUAAUAUGACAUUAGAUAAUUUAGUUAAAGCAUCGUUUUUAAAUAGCUUUUUUAUGGUCCAUAUUACUCGUUUUCUUUUUCGAAAGGUUGUCACGUUAUCCUAGAUAGACAGACAGAGUAGAGUACAAUUGUUACGGUAGCGUUACAGACAGGCCAUGAAGUUUUGAAAUUUCAGCGUUACGUAAUUUAUGAACAGUCCCAUAUUUUUUCAUACUUGAUGCUUUCUUAUCCUGGUUCUGCCUUUAAUUCUAGUUUAUCAGGUGAUUCACUUGAAAUUUGACACCGACCACGUUUAAAACUUUUGUUUGUACAUGGUGAAUACAGUUAAUCUAUAAGUAAAUCCAAGAGUUACAAAUAUACAUUUACAGUUACACGAUUUAUUUAUUUAGGAAAUACAUAAGGGAGAUUUGAUAUCCGGAUCAUAGCAUCCUUUGACAGUUAUAUACUCUCCAAAGACCACACCAAAUGUUUAAAAGAAAAUUACAACCGAAACAUAACCUAAAAACACAACGUCACAGUGUAAAUGUAGAUAGUUUAAUAAAACCGAAAAUUACGCAACCAAUGUUACCAACGGAACAAAAUAUAAGAGCGGUAAAUUCAAUUUGGGAUCAUGUGUCCCUGGCGAUCAAUUAUCCCCGCUUUUCCUCAGAUCAUUAUAAUAAAUUCCUAUAAAAAAAUAUAAAUUAUAAUAAAUGACUAUUCGAUAUAUGUAUUGUCAUAAAAAAUCCGAUUUAAUGGGUAAAAUUUCAUAGAAAGUUUGUUAUUAAACAAAAUUUUUGGUAAAUCGAAUUAAUUCUGUUUCAAAAUGUUAUCAUAGUAAUCAUUAUAUUGGAAAUAAAAUUUAUUAAUUACAAUUUUUGAUUUACUUGACAAUAAAUUAUGAGAAUUUAACUAUGUAAGAAUAUAAAUAAAAGUAUGUGAUGUAUAUUGUACAAUUUAGAAAAGCAACCCUCUAUUAUAAUAAGCUAUGAGUUAAAUAUAUACUAUUAUGUUCGCCAAAAUUUUUGUUGAGCUAUUUCAUAAAUGAUAAUGUUAGCUAAAGUUGAAGCUUUUUCUAAUGAGUUCAGUAUAUCUUGAAUGAGAGGGACAAUCGAAUGAAGCGACCAACUAGUCUAGACUCCCUUGUCCAACAUAGUAUAAUAUAUUGCAGUUUGCAGAGAUGUGUACCCGAUAUUAGAAAAAUACCUAAUGUUAUUCUGUACCUUGGCUUCAUUCUUUUAAAAUAAAGUUAUAUGCUCAACUAA